AUGGUGUGUGAAGGCUUACCUCCGUUGACUGGUUCGUGGGUGACAGGCAUUUUCGGCAGUUUCAGGUCUCGGUGCUUGGCUCGGACUGCUUUCCCUUUGGGUGGGAGCUCUCGGUUGCGCGAUGACCGUAUAAUCUUUGCGUGGUUUUUUUUCUCCUCCUUAUCUUCUUCAUCUGGAUUUCACUGUUCAUUUCACCAAAAUCAUUUAAUUAUGGCUCUGGACAACAUUAUAACCUCACCCCACCGGAGGUCUCAGACACAGACCGCAUUUUCUCAGCAAAUUUCACUGAAAAGGCAGCACUCAAGAAAUGAAGAGUUUGGAAGUUGUUCGACUCUUGUUCAGAGACAUCGGUUUCUUCUUACGGCUCUUGUCCUCCUUGCAUUCCUUUGCACUAUUUAUCUCUACUUCGCCGUGACUCUUGGAGCUGGUGAUGAUUGUUCGGGCUUGGUGGGAGCCCAAAAGGCGACCUGCCAUUUGCGGAUGACGAAAGGUUCGGUGGCUAAAGGAAAAUUGAAAUUCUUUUAG